GGCCAAAGUACAAACGAGAGAGGAACAGCGAUAGCCGAUAGCAUAGCGAUAGCCGAUAGAGAAGAGGAAAACGAGAUACGAACAGCGUGAGUCGAAUCGCGUGGUGGGGUACCGCAAUAAUGGGAUGGCUCGUGGCUUUGGUUAGCUGAGGUCAGGAGAGAAGAGGAGUCGCAUUUCGCGUGGUCGAGUCCGUCCGUGUCUGUCCUCCGCUGUCCGCUGGCUGCGAUAGUGCUGCCUGCUGCUCUAACCCAAUCCAAGGAGGAUGCCGAGGAGCCCGCAGCUGAGCCUGAGCGGCUGCAGCUCUCUCUUCUCCCUGUCCAGCACCAGUACGAGCCGCGACAGCGCCGCCCUGAAGGCGCCGGUGCCAGCGCCACCGGCAGGCGCGGUGCCCCCACGGCGCACCCCUCUCCUGUCGCUCAGCGUCGGCGAGGAGGAAGAGGACGAGGGUGAGGACGAGGAGGAGUACCUGCUGGGGGCCGGCGCCCUGGAUCUGCAGCUGACGGGGCCCGGUGGCGGCAGCAACAGCAGCGGCGGCUACGACGACGAGCGGAAGAACAUCCGGAUGAUGAGGAACAGGGAGUCUGCGCUGCGCUCCAGGGCAAGGAAGAGGGAGCUGGAGAAGGAGGUUCGUCGCCUGGUGAAUGAGAACCUCAAGCUCAAGAGGCAGUGCAAACAACUGAAACUAGAUAUGGCUGCACUGGUCCAGCAAAGCAGCAGCAAGAGCAGCUCCCACAUCAGAAGAACCUCCUCAUCCACUCAGCUCUAGGCUGCUACCAAUAGGAAUAUGUAUGUGAAUUUAAAGCCAUAUAUGACCAAGGAAGAAUGGGAGGAAGACGAACAAAGCUAGCUAGACUAGACUGCAGCCCCUCUAAUCCAUGGCCAUUCGCUGAUUAAUACGAUAAUAUCUCUUAUUUGUUGGCUUCUUCUAGCUUGCUUCAAUUUCCUAGUACAGCAGUUUAUGUAGUAUUUCCUAGAUUGUUAGCGCAAAGCUGCCUUUUUCACCCAUGGCAUCCACUCUAGUGGUGUCCAGGUAGUGUCGAUCCAAUUUUAGUAUAGAGGUCACUCAAACCUCUCUCCAUGACAGAGCUUUUUAUUCGUUUCCUGUCUUUUUUUUAUUGUUCUAAUCAUAAUAAGAUACGCACACAUUCACCUGUA